GACAGGCUGAUGUUCCUCAUCUCCAGCAGCGUCCACGGCAGCGACGAGCACGGGCGCCUGCUCAGGAGGACGCUGAUGCGCUACGUCAAUCUCACCUCCCUGCUCAUCUUCCGCUCCGUGAGCACCGCCGUGUACAAACGGUUCCCAACGAUGGACCACGUGGUGGAGGCAGCAAGGACUGGCAUCAAACACAUUCUGCCUGCAAAUUUUGAGAUGCAGAGCUUUUAG